AUACUAUGUAAUAUUUGUGAAGCAUGUUUGGCCAGAUAUCUUCGUUCACUAAAAUUUUCUGAUAACGAUUUUGAAUCAACGAUUGCUGCAUCAAUAUUCACUUCUUUGCUACAGUCCCAGUCUGGCCUUACUGUUCUUGAAUUGUGUGACAAUAAGCUUUCUGGCUGGCUUUCUUCAGAACUUCUGAAUUCUUUCAAAAUUAGUUCAUUACCAAGAAAUGGACAAUAUUUUUUGCAAUCGCUAACUGAGCUUAAUCUAAGAGGAAACUUGCUAGAAAGCCACGAUGUGGAUAUAUUAGAAAAAAUCCUGGAGUGUAUGCCUGAACUGCAAAAAUUCGAUCUAAGUGAUAAUCCCAUUGGAGAUGAUGGUGUAAGGGUUUUGAUUCCCUAUUUCCAACACAUUCUCAGCAAUGAUAUGCAUAUGGUGGAUGUCAAUAUUGCAAAUUGCAAUAUUUCUUGUGUAGGGGCAUCUUUGCUCUUUGACAGCCUAUCAAUUUUGAAGAAACCGGUUCAUUCACUGGGACUUGCUUAUAAUGACUUGGGCAGCCCUGUUGCAACUGCUCUUGCAAAAUUCUUGAAAAAUGUCCCCACUGAACGACUUGACAUUGAAGGCAUUGGACUUGGAUUUUCUGGGUGCAAUGAACUUCAGGAAGCAAUGUCAUACAACAAAAGUCUUGUUUAUUUGAAUUUAAGCAAAAAUCGCGGUGGCUUGGCUUUGGCAACAAUGUUAUCAAAAAUUAUAUCACACUCACAUAAAAUAAGUGUUAUCAAUGCGGGCUACAACUUUCUCUGUCUGGAGUCGUUGAAACUCAUUGCCACUGGCUUGAAGCAGUCAAAAG